AUGGGAACGCCAGAAUAUGUUUAUCACCGCAUAUUUAAGACAAAAAAGCAUGAAUACGCGAACAUUUUAGAUGUGAAAAACUUUUCACCAAAAGAAUUAACAGAUUUUGAGGAAACUCGAUUUUAUAAAAUAAAGUGUAGUGAUGGCAAACAACACCGUAGCCAAAUUCUUCUGCUUGGAGAAAGCCUACUCGAACUUCAAGCUAAUGUGACAGCUCAUGAAAAUAGUUCAUCCAGAUGGAAGUACAUUAAAAGUAAUAUUGACAGCUUCACGGAAGAAGAAGAAGAAUUAGGAGAAGAUAAGGCUUCGAAAAUGACAGCAAAGAAACAGAAAAUAGCAAUCAUAAAUGAUGCCAAAGAAAACGCUGAUAAGCGAACAUUACAAAAAAAAUUAGAAAAAAACAAAAUUAAUAUUUUGAAGGAUAAGUCGCCAAUGAAAGAAAUCAAGGAUAAAUCUGAUUACAAGGAAUUGAUUCAUCAGUUAGAAGAACAAAGAUCAUGGAUUGAAAAAUUACAAAAUGAGAAAGCGACUCUUGCUAAGAGGAAAAUAGAUUUUCAGAAAAAUAUGGAUAAUUCAGAAGCUUUUUUUGAUCAAAAAGGGGAUUCAAAAAAUGAUAAUGAAAAUUUGCGACAAAGCAUAAAUUUAAUUCAGUCAAAUUCAGAUGGGGGAAACUAUAAUGCUUUUCCUGCUCAAACAGCAGAUUUGAAAAAUGAGAACGAAAAUUUAUAUAAAAGUAUGAAUGAAGUGAAAUCAGAUUCAGAAAGCAACGAUGAUGAUGACGGUGUAGCCGAAAAUGAUUUGGACCCAUCCACAUUAAAAAGGUAUGCUGUGUAUGUGAAGAGAAAUAAAAAACAUAAGAAAAUACAACGUAUACAUCUUGGAGAUGGCGUAACAAUAAAACUGGAAUCAUGGCGUGAAAUUAUAACAAUGAAAAAUCCUCAGAAAUUUGUUAAAGCGCUUACAAUAGCAAUUUGGGGACGCUAUACUCUUGUAAACAGAUACGUCAAAGAAACAAAUACGGCGGUUAUUCAACUGCCAGGUCGGUCACCACGAAAGGUUUUGACUCCGACAAAAAAAAACAUUCUUGACAAUUUACCGACUACAAUAAUCAUGAAACCAAAAAACAACGAGGAUGUAGAUGAAUAG